AUGAUCCUUUCACGCUUGUGGCACUACACUCAACAUGUGUCCAUUUCGACGACAACUGUGCGGCGUUGGCAAUCGAUGCUGAAUUGGUUCGUGUUGAGUCGAAAACACGACCGCGAGUCAUCCCACGUUCAGCUCCUUCCCAGUGCUUUUCUCUACCAGCGCUGCUGUGACGGAGGGUUGGGAUUUCCUGACCUUGCUGCUCAUCUGAAGCGUCAACGGCUCCAACUGCUUUUGCAGCUUUUCCGUGGAUUGGAGACGCCAUCGGUACGAGACUAA